AUGGACAUCGUCGGUGUGGCAGCUGCUUCCAUCGAGAUUCUUAGCAAAAUCAUCGAGAUCGUCAGCCGUUCCAGACGAGCCUUCAGCCGCACAAAGAACGGUCCGAGAUACCUGGACAGCGUACGCGCCCAAGCACAAACCCUCACUUCGAUACUCCAAGGCCUUUUUCAAGGGCCCGAUAUUGAACCCCACCUUCACCACCCAGCAGUCGGCAAGACAAUUGAGCUAGUCAAGGACACAGCCAAGAAGCUUAAGAAUGCUGCCACGGUCCUGGAAGAGUCCCAGAGCAAGCCAGCCUUCAUUCGUUUUUUCAAUGAAUUCUGGAAGGGCGACGAUCAAAUCGAACGCUUCGACAAGAUGCAAUCCGAGCUCAGUCAGGCCUUGGUGAUCUUGAUCACCGCUAUGGUUGCAGCAAAGGCAGACGGGACGAGUGUCGUACAGAUCAACCUCAGGCUCGCUCGUCAAGUUGAUGCAUGCUUUGACACAAACCAGGAGGUCAAAUACGCUCGACGAAUCAUUGACCUUGUGGAGGCACAGGGUAAAAGAGUUGGGGAGACCGAUUGGUACGAGGUCAAGCAGGAGGACCUCGACAAUGUUUUGAAGAAGUCAUCCCCUAGUAACUGGACAAUUCGAGUCAUCAAAGACGCCAAGGUCAGCGAGUGGGGUUUUGUCAGUGCAGACGUGGGUGACGAAGGUAAAGGGGCUCCCUUGAUUAAUGAGGUUGUGGCUACGAAUAUUGAUGUCAGCGGCGAUGGACGGGUGAUCGUCGGGACACUGUCCUAUGAAACCAAUCGUGACAUGGAGAUGCUACGCAGUGGGCUGAAGACUUUGCAGGGCGAUAAGGGAUAUGCAAAGGAUAUGAUUGCUGAUCUUAGGAAGGGUAAGAAAUAA